UAUGAAUCUACAUCCAAUUCCUGAAGUUUAAUGUGAGGUUGAUCAAUAAGAAUUGAUUGAAAAACUAAUGGGUAAAAAUAGAUUUCUAGAGAAACGAUGCAAUUAUUAUAAAAGGAAAAGAGAAUUCUUAAUUAUGUAAUUAAAUUAAGCAGAGACUCCAAAUAAAUUAUCUGAAUCCAAAGUUUCUGUAUCAUCAGCUAAUUGCAAUCUUCCAACUAUGCCUGAUGAAACUGAUUUGAUUUAAAAAUAUUAAGAAGAGUUAUAAUAGAAAGAAACUUUAAUAUCAGAACUAAAAGAAACAGUGUUAACACUUGAAAACAAAGUUAAUAAUUUGUAAGCAUGUAAUGAUGAGAUGUAAUAUCAACUAUCAAAAUAAUAACAUGAAUUUAUAAGAAGUGAAAAAGUGAGUCAGUCAGGUAUAUAAAACUAUUAUAUAUAUAUAUAGUUAUAAUCCCAAAAUCUACUAGUCAGACUGAAAAGGCAAUGGCAGUCAUUGACAAAUUUGUUUAGCCCAUUUCUACAAGUUCAUUUAAGUCUACUGAUGGUAAACCAUAAUCAGCUGAAGAAAAAAGGAAAUUGAUAAAGAAAAUGAGUAUACAUGCAGGUGCUUCUGCUUAUAUGAUGGCUAUGAAAGGUGAUUAUACUACAUUGUAGAAUGCUUCAGAAGAGAUAUAAAGUAAUAAGAGUCUUGAACAAUCAUGA